GAAGUGUUGGGGGGGACGCGGAGUUCAACACAACAUUAGCAGUCACUGUGCUCUAACACACACACACACACCAUGGCUUUCUUUAGCCACCACAUCUGCAGAGGUAUUUCGUCCUCGGCUGUGAGACAUGUUGUUAUUAAACAUGUGACGAUCAUCGGUGGAGGACAGAUGGGAGCAGGAAUCGCGCAGGUUGCUGCAUCAACCGGCCACUCGGUGACGCUGGUGGACACAUCUGAGGACAUCCUGAAAAAGUCUGUCAAAGGAAUCGAAGGCAGCCUUAAAAGGGUGAUCAAGAAGAAGUUUGCAGAUAAGCCAGAGGCAGGUGAAGAGUUCAUGCACAAAGUCCUGCAGAAUGUGUCGACCUCGUCAGACGCCGGAUCUGCUGCUCAGAGCUCAGAUCUUGUGUUGGAGGCCAUUGUGGAAAAUCUGAAAAUCAAACAGGAUCUCUUUGGACAUCUCGACAAGCUGGCACCAGAACACACCAUCUUUGCCAGCAACACAUCCUCCCUGCCCAUUUCUGACAUCGCCAGCUCCACCAACAGGCUGGACCGAUUUGGAGGCCUUCAUUUCUUUAACCCUGUCCCUAUGAUGAAGCUUGUAGAGGUCAUUGGAACCUCAGCAACAAGUCAAGAGACUUUUGAUUCUCUCCUCAACUUCAGCAAAGCACUUGGAAAAACACCAGUGUCCUGCAAGGAUACCCCGGGAUUCAUUGUGAACCGCCUGCUGGUUCCCUACAUCAUCGAGGCCAUUCGCCUGCAUGAGAGAGGUCAUGGAUCCAAAGAGGACAUUGAUGUCGCCAUGAAACUCGGUGCUGGUUAUCCCAUGGGGCCGUUUGAGCUCUCAGACUAUGUAGGACUAGACACUAUGAAAUUUAUUAUGGACGGUUGGAGUGAAAAGGAUCCUGAUAACCCGCUCUUUGCCCAGAGUGAAUUGUUGAACAAAUUGGUGGCGGAAGGCAAAUAUGGCAAAAAGUCUGGAGAAGGAUUCUACAAGUACAAGUGAAGAGGAGUUUGGUUUGGACCGGUGUGACCGGAGAAGGUGCCUUCUGUGUUCCGGGUCUUUGUCCGUCAGUCCAUUUUUCUCCACACAUUCAUUGAAUAGCAACUUGAUAUGUGUGAAGAGAUUUAAAGAUAUUAAAUAGAUUUUUGAAGUA